CCACCUUCAUUCAAAACAAAGUCUCACUCAAACCUAAAAAUUCUCUCCCUUUGAAAGAUGCUAGCCAAACCUACCCACCAUAUUGUUCCACCAAAAUUCCCAUCAUCAAUAAACCUACCUCCAUUAGUAUCGCUCAAAGUUCCAUCAUUACAAGCCAAAACAACCCCAAAAACAAUACCAAAUGCUAUAUCCAUUAACCCCACUUCAACUAACCAUGUUUCAACCUUAGACGAUACGCUAGUUGAUGAUUCUGUUUGUGCCUUUUGGGACUACCAAUUCUUGUUUGUGUCACAACGCUCUGAAACAACCAAACCCAUCACUCUUCACGUUGUGGAUGGUUCGAUACCACAUGACUUUCCUUCUGGUACUUACUAUUUGGCCGGACCAGGGCUAUUCUCCGAUGACCAUGGCUCAACUGUGCACCCACUUGAUGGUCAUGGCUACCUUAGAGCCUUUACGUUUGAUGGGGUCGAUAGGGAGGUCAAGUUCAUGGCUAAGUACGUGAAGACUCAAGCACAAGUGGAGGAACAUGACCCCACGACUGACACGUGGCAGUUCACCCACAGGGGCCCAUUUUCUGUGCUGAAAGGUGGACACAAAGUUGGUAACACCAAGGUGAUGAAAAAUGUGGCUAACACUAGCGUGGUGAGGUGGGGUGAGAGGGUGUUGUGUUUGUGGGAAGGUGGGGAGCCGUAUGAGAUUCAAUCUGGGACGUUGGAUACGGUUGGGAGGUUCGAUCUGAUCGACGGCGAUGAUUCCGCGGUAGAUGGGGGAAAGAAUAGUGGUGAUAUAUGGGACGUUGCCGCCGGCCUUUUGAAGCCUAUUUUGUAUGGAGUGUUCAAAAUGCCUCCAAAGCGGCUGUUGUCUCAUUAUAAGGUUGAUGCCAGCAUGAAUAGACUUAUUACAACAUCAUGCAAUGCAGAGGAUAUGCUACUGCCUCGCAGUUCUUUUACAUUCUAUGAAUAUGAUUCAAAUUUCGAGUUGAUGAAUAAGCAAGAGUUCAACAUCCCCGAUCACUUAAUGAUCCAUGAUUGGGCUUUUACAGAUACUCAUUACAUAUUAUUCGCUAAUCGAAUCAAGCUUGAUGUUGUUGGUUCAAUGGCAGCAGUGUGUGGAAUAUCUCCAAUGAUAUCAGCAUUAUCAGUGAACCCAAGUAAGCCCACAUCUCCCAUGUAUUUGCUCCCUCGAUUUCCAGAUAAAUCUGGUAAAGCUCGAGAUUGGAGAGUGCCUGUCGAAGCUCCUUCACAGUUUUGGUUGCUACAUGUUGGCAAUGCUUUUGAGAUUAAGGAUGUCAAUGGGAAUUCAGAGAUCAAAAUACAGGCUGCCACUUGCUCAUACCAAUGGUUCAACUUUCAAAAAGUAUUUGGAUAUAAUUGGCAGAGUGAUAAGCUAGACCCUUCCAUUAUGAAUGUAAAUGAAGGUGAACAUGAGUUGCUGCCUCGUCUUGUUCAGGUGUCUAUUCAAUUAGAUGCUGAUGGUAACUGCCAAAAAUGUGGCGUGGAGCCUUUGAUUAAUAAAUGGAAAAGGUCAACAGAUUUUCCUGUAAUUAACCCAGCAUUCUCCGGAAACAAAAACAAAUACAUAUAUGCAGCAACUUCUUCUGGGUCUCGCCAAACAUUGCCACAUUUUCCAUUUGAUACCGUUGUAAAGCUCAAUGUGUUAAAUCAAUCUGUCCAUACAUGGUCUGUUGGUCAUCGGAGAUUUAUCGGUGAGCCUAUUUUUAUUCCUAAAGGGGAUGAAGAAGAUGAUGGAUAUCUUCUUGUGGUUGAGUAUGCCGUUUCAAUACAAAGGUGCAAUCUUGUAAUUCUGGAUCCUAAGAGGAUGGGAGAAGAUGAUGCACUUAUUGCAAGGCUUGAAGUCCCAAAGCACCUGAAUUUUCCUCUUGGCUUUCAUGGAUUUUGGGCCACUGACAAGUAAUUUUUUUUUGAUAAAUGAACUAAAAUUCUAAAUGAGUCAAAAAUACAUUUGCUCACAAUCUCAGACCCAUU